GUCCCGUCUCCAACAUCGCGGGGUUGACUUCCGAAGGUGAUGCUUCUUGGCCGCUGGAAAUGUAGUAGUAUAAAGGUUAUUCAUAUAUCUACUACGACCCUCACCUUACUUUGAUUCGGUGAGCCGACAUCCCACCUCAAUACUAUUGAGCCGCAGGGCAGUUUUAUCAACAUAAUGAGGGGCAUCAAUUUGGAACUAGUCUUGGCUACUGUCGCUGCAUGCGCCUCCGCAAUACCUACGAUCCAGCUGUCAUCGCCUUACGCAGGCUUCGAGGUCUUCCGUGUUAAGACUGAUAGCCAUCCUGCUGCAGUACAAGAGAAGCUCUCCGGGAUCAUAUCCGAGCAAUGGAAUUAUGAUAUCAAUAGCCACAUCGAUGUCGUCGUGGCGCCCGAUCAACUCCUUGCAUUUGAGGAACUGGGUCUCGAAUUCGAUGUCAUGCACUCAGACCUAGGAGCUUCGAUCACCGCCGAGUCAUCCCGUAGCUCUCUUGGGAGGAGACAAGCUAACAAUUCGUCAUGGUUCGACUCGUAUCACGACUAUCAGGAUCAUGUCAAGUAUUUCCAAACUCUGAAUGAGAUCUUGCCGGACAACUCGGAAAUUAUCUCCUCGGGCUAUUCGUACGAGAACAGGAGCCUAUUCGGGAUACACCUCUGGGGUUCAGGUGGACCCGGCAAACCAGCUAUAUUGUAUCAUGGGACCGUCCACGCUCGCGAGUGGAUUAGUACUGCAGUAACUGAGUAUUUGACCUACAAACUCGUCACUGGCUACAGCGCUGGGGACAAAGAUACUCGCACAGUGCUCGAUAAGUAUGAUUUCUACAUCGUUCCAAUCGUGAAUCCAGACGGCUUUGUAUACACGCAAACUACACAGCGUUUAUGGCGCAAGAAUCGCCAGCCUGGGCCGAAUGGCUCGGAUUGCUAUGGGCGAGACAUCAACCGCAACUGGGAGUUCGCCUGGGACGCGAAUCCGCAAGGCGCGUCGACGAACCCCUGCUCGCAGACGUACAAAGGCGAACGGCCCUCAGACUCGCCUGAGAACCAGGGGCUGGACAAGCUCGUGCGCCAGCUGCGCGAUGGCGCCGGCAUAAAGCUGUACAUCGACUGGCACAGCUACGGACAGUACAUUCUGUCGCCGUUCGGGUACAAGGAGACGCUAUACGCACCCGAACUCGGCAAAUGGACCAAGGCCGCGCAGAUUGUUAGUGACGCUAUCCGUGAUAGCUCUCGCGAUCUCACUGUUUUCACCUUUGGGCCCUCAGGCGCAACGCUGUAUCCGACAACUGGAGCUGCCCCAGACCAUGUCUACAGCAUCGGUCGGGCUGAAUUUUCGUAUACUAUUGAGCUGAGGGAUAUUGGUAAGUACGGAUUUGUUCUGCCGCCUGAGCUCAUUCGGCCUACAGUUGAGGAGCAGUGGGCUGGGCAGAAGGUUCUUUGGACCUUGCUGGACGAGGAGUUCUUUGACGGCGAGGGACCUGCUUAAGCUACUUGAGGCCUUUUAGACUAUAACACAAGUACUAGGGACUCCUAAAUCAAAUGAUGAAACGUCACUAAUUGACUAUUCGACUAUUUGACUUGCUUCUAAAUGAUUCAUAUAUAUGCGUUGAGCUGCUACAUCAU